AUGGCGAUAGCCGAGAAGUGCGAGCGUACAGUGCAUGCCUGGUACUCGUACUGCCGCGCGACAUGCUUCAAGGAACUCAUCACAGUGGAGAUCGAUUAA